UCAAUUGGCUACAACAUGGCGGCUUCCAUUCUGUGAAUGUUGCGGGCGCGUGGUUUUAGGUGAAUUCAGUCUGUAUCUUGUGUUCUCUGUCAAAUUGCUGCCUAAUUGGUAGACAGGCAUGGGUAAGAAAGAUAAGAAAAAGGGCAAGGGUGCUGAGAAGACUGUUGCCAAAACUGAGAAGAAAGCUGCAGCGAAGUUGAAAAAGGAACUAGCAGCGAAAGGAGAGGAUGACAUCGAAAAACUGAUUUCUGAAUUCGUUGAAGCGGACAGGCAAAGGCAGACUGUGACCGAAGAGUUGGUGGAACCCCCGUCGUUUAGGAGUGGACUGUCACUGUGCGUCCAUCCAGAAAAGGACCAGCUGCUGUUAUUUGGAGGAGAAUACUUCAAUGGAAACAAGACCGUUAUGUACAAUGAACUCUACUUCUACAACAUAAAGAAGAAUAACUGGUUGCUCGUGAAAACCCCUAACCUUCCUCCGCCUCGUUGCGCUCACCAGGCCGUGGUGGUGCCACAAGGAGGUGGCCAAAUGUGGGUGUUCGGGGGAGAGUUUGCGAGCCCCACACGCUCCCAGUUCUACCACUACAAGGACCUAUGGGUGUUUUCCCUGACGGCCAAGCGCUGGGAACAGGUGAAUGCCCCUGGGGGCCCUUCCGCUCGCAGUGGACAUCGCAUGGUGCAGCUGGGAAGGCAGCUUCUUGUCUUUGGAGGUUUUCACGAAAGUGCCAGGGACUACAGGUAUUUCAAUGACCUGUACCUGUUCAGCCUCGACGAGCGCAAGUGGACCAAGCUUGAGCCGGUCAAUUCGGGGCCUUGUCCACGCUCUGGUUGCCAGCUGGCUUGCACGACUGAUGGAAAAGUGGUUGUCUACGGGGGAUACUCCCGUGAACGCCUUAAAAAGGACGUAGACCGUGGAGUGGCGCAUACCGAUAUGUAUGUCCUGCAGGCUGACGCACGAAGUGGCACCGUGCCCAAGUGGAAAUGGAUCCAAAUAAAACAGAGCGGCUCACGGCCGGGCCCUCGCAGCGGGCUCGGUCUCACGCCCUGCCCUCCCAACCGUGCCUAUUUGUUUGGUGGUGUGCAAGACACAGAAGACGAGGAAGAGCUUGAGGGAUGCUUUUUUAAUGACCUUUAUCUUCUGGAACUGGAUAAAGGACACUGGAGAAAAAUUGAGCUCAGAGGAGAAGCGACGGCCGAAGAGAAAAACAGAGGAAAGAAGCAGGACAAAGCAAACAUCUUGGAGGGUGAAGAAGGAGAGGGUGAAAAAGGAGAGGCUGCCGAGGAGAUUGAGCGACUCAGCAUACAGGAGUCUAGCGUUGUUACUUCGGACGACGGCGUCUUCACCGUGACCAUAGGUGGUGCAAACGAGGCUGCUUCGGCAGAUCACACAAUGCAGGAAGCAACCACUUCUAGAAUGGCCAAAGAUGUGCUUGUGCCAGUUGCACGCAUGAACGCAGCCAUGGCCAUGAAGCACAACGUGCUCUACCUCUACGGAGGCAUGGUUGAAGAUGGUGACAAGCAGUUCACGUUGUCAGAUAUGUAUUCCUUAGACCUCACUAAGCUGGACACGUGGAAGGUGCUAAUCCCUCUCGAUAGUAAGGCGCAAGAGUGGCUUGGAUCUGACUCUGAGUCAGAGGAGGAGGAGGAGGACAUGGAGCUGGACGAGGAGUCUGAGAGUGAAAGUGAAGAUUAAAUUGCAGAAAGACA